AUCGCCACCGACCAUUUUAACGCUGCGUUUUCGAUGGCUCCCUCGCUCCUUCUUCCUCUGUUUUUCUGCUCCCUCGCCGCCACCGUCGGGAAGGGAGAACACCGAACUGCCGGAGUGGGACAGUCAACAAGGGCCCCGCGGAAACGGACGAGUUCAGGUUGCCGCCUGCGCUAGACGCUGCGCUCUACUGACACACGUGCUGUCGGAUUUGUUUUCCUUUUCAAAGAAGCGGGCACUUUGUACUUCGACUGUUCUUCGAUCGGCGGAGUGCUACCCCAACGCAGCGGCGUCUGUGCUACCAAGCUUCGCGCCGCGACAGCGAUAGCCUCCGACACCGCCUGGAAAUAUCGACCGUUGACAGUCAAGGUCGUAAAGAGAAGACUGAGAACAGUCCGCCGGGGCAAUCCGGCCGCCGUGCCCAGUUUCGGCCACAAAAAGAAAUCUCUCGUCGAUCUCUUCUGACCGGACAUCCACGAGUUCUCUCUCUCUCCUUCUUUUUUUUAUUGACUGACUGGAAUUUACGAGACGAUGCGGUGAAGCGGCCUUGCACCCCCUAGCAACACCAGUCCCCGGUCUCGAGCAUCGCCCAAGCCAUCAAGAUGGCGGGCUACACCUUGAGGGCCCGACACCUGAAGUAUUUCUACUUCAUCGCCAUCGCUGGAUCCCUCUUCAUACUACUUCGGAGCAGGGCUAAAUCGGUGCAGCGAAGUCUUCCAGUGGAAGCCCCUACCCACAAGGUACUCAUCUGGGACGUCGGCAAGCGGAUGGAACGAAGGUUCCUCCGAUCCUUUGGUUCCUCAAACAAGGACCCCUUCGAGUUCUGCACGGUCAGAAACUGUGUUCUUGAGACCUCAAACGACAAGAUCGGCGAAGCCGCAGCUGUCUUCUUCCACUUACACAUGACGAAAGGCCCAGAGACGCUGCCCAAGUUCCAUAGGCCUGACCAGCUAUGGAUCUUCUUCACGGACGAGUCGCCCUUGCAUACCUUCAUGGCGACUAAAAAGUACAAGAUGAGCGAUUACAACGGGAUCUUUAACCUGAGUAUGACGUACAGGAGUGAUUCUGACAUCCCCGCGGCUUACGGAAGAACCGUGGAACUGUCCGAGACAGAGAAGUCCAACAUGGCAGAUCUCCCGAACUACGCGACGUCCAGACACAGGAUGGUUGCCAUUUUGGGCAGCAAUUGCGGUGGUCCCAACAAACGUUGGCCGUACGUCCGCGAGCUUGCCAAGCACGUGAGCGUCGACAUUUACGGCGGAUGCGGGACGAAGACAUGUCCGGGACACUUUACGCGGGACUGCGACGUCAUGAAGGACUACAAGUUUUACCUGGCGUUCGAGAACAGCAACUGCCGCGAGUACAUCACGGAGAAGCUGUGGUGGAACGCGUUCGAAAAGGAGGUACUGCCCGUGGUCAUGGGUGGGUCUAAAGAAGACUAUUCUCGCUUGUGUCCUCCUCAUUCCUUCAUCCACGUUGAAGACUUUGAAGGGCCGCGUCACUUGGCCGAGUACCUCAAGUUCCUGGACUCGAAUCACACGGCGUACAACUCGUACUUUGCGUGGAAGAAAAAAUACCGCGUGCUCAACGAACACGGGUACUUUGGAUCGCCGUCCCUACACCUAUGUAGGAUAUGCGAGCUACUUAAUAGCGGUCGUAAAGAAGCGAGAGUCUACGAUGACCUCGAAAGCUUCUGGAAUUCCAAGACGGACUGUAGGCCGCCUGUUUGGGAUGGUACCUAGGCGACGUGAAAUUGUCCUGUGAGAGCGGAACCCGUGUGUAUAAUCCCAUGUUUUGGCGGUGCCUUUGACCUUUGACGUUUUAUAUUUAGGCACCAAUUGUUGUAUAUUCUUUUUUUUUCUUUUAAUUUAUGUGUGGCCGAUCUAGUCAAGGGAACAAAGUGCCAAAUGUGUACACCUUUCAUUCACAUACAAGGUUGUGAGUUCAUGCUGGUUGUUCGCAAGCCGUUUAUAGGCACAUGUGGAAUAGCAAAGGGAUACGGACACUCCUUACUACGGCUUUAUCACGCAGUAAAACUAUGUGUUUAAUCCAUGAGUGUCCGAGUACCAGUUCGAAUGAAGGGUAAAUCUGAAUUGGAGCUUACUCAGAACAGAUGGUCAGAAUAUUUGCUGGAAUGUUAGUCAGGAUGAAGGUCUGCCAAAUUAUUUUAAUGCAACGCCCGCCAUCAAAGCCUUGAACCUCCUAGCAAUAAAGAUAUUGAAAGUUUUAUACUUUAA